AUGCCUUGUUCUUAUGAGAAUCGUCUGUCUAAACUCAGCAUGAGACUCGGUUUUCUUAAAGAGAUAUGUCUCCAUGGGAUUAGAAGGGUUACAUGUGUGUUUGGUGCAGAUGAUGCUUGUGAAUUAUUUUCUGAAAUGGUUAUCAAGGGAAUUUCGCCUACUGUUGUCACUUAUAGUGCUCUAAUCUAUGGUUUUUGUAUUGUGAGUCAAUUAAAAGAAGCAGUUGUUUUGUUGAAUAAAAUGGUAUCUAAAAACAUCAACCCAGAUGUUUAUACCUUUAAUAUAUUGAUCGAUGCGUUAUGUAAGGAAGAAAAGAUGAAAGAAGCUAAAAGUUUGUUAGCUAUGAUGAUGAAACAAGGCAUGAAACCUGAUGUAGUUACUUAUAGUACUUUAAUGGAUGGGUUCUGCCUUCGUAAUGAAGUGAGCAAGGCCAAAUAUAUAUUCAACACUAUGGUCCAAAGGGGAAUGAUGCCCAAUGUUAAGAGCUACAAUAUUAUGAACAAUGGGUUCUGUAAGAGUAAAAUGGUGGAUGAAGCCAUCAAUCUCUUUGAAGAAAUGCAUUUCAAAAAUAUGUUUCCUGAUAAGGUAACUUACAACACUCUUAUUGAUGGUUUGUGCAAAUCAGGGAGAAUUUCGUAUGCUUGGGAGCUUGUUGACGAGAUGAGUGACAGUGGUCAACCACCCAAUGUAUUCACUUACAAUUCCUUCUUGCACAGUUUAUGCAAAAAGCAGCAUCUUGACAAGCCAAUUGCAUUAGUCAUGAAAAUUAAAGACCAGGGUAUCGUACCAAACUUGUACACGUACAAUAUACUAAUUGAUGGACUAUGCAAAGGUGGAAGACUUAUUAAGGAUGCACAACAAGUUUUUCAUGAUCUUUUGAGUAAAGAAUACAAUAUUAAUGUUGUAACGUACACAACUAUAAUUAGUGGACUUUGUAAAGAGGGCUUGUUUGAAGAAACAUUUGUUUUGCUGUCAGAAAUGGAAGUUAAGGGCUGCUUUCCUAAUGCCUUCACUUUUGAAAUAAUUAUUUCUGCUCUCUUUGAAAGAGGUGAGAAUGAUAAAGCAGAGAAACUUCUUCGUGAAAUGAUUGCUAGAGGCCUGCUAUAA